AUGGCUUAUUAUGAUAGUAAAUAUGAUGUUGAUGAAGAGACAGCAAAGUUACCAAGCACAGUGGAGUUUUUCCCUAGUAUGAUUGAUUUUGAGUUUGAAGAAGAUCAAUGUGAGCCUACAAUAAUUCCAGCAGAGAUCAAGAGUGAUUGGGCUAGACGAAAACUAGGGACAUUGCAAUCAGAACUAGAUAAGAAACAAUAUGCUAGAGAAGCUAACCAUUUUGGAUCUAAAUAUAACAAUAAAAAAUUUUCUAAGACAAUUUUAUAUGGACUUGCAAAUAAAGUGUUUGGAUUUGAUGGCUGGUCUACAUCAUUAGAAAGUUGUUUUGUAGAAGAACUACCUGUGGAAGAGGAAGGUAAACAUUCAACGCGUUGUUCAAUUGAAAUUAAACUAAUAUUAAAAGAUGGUAGUUUUAUAAUUGCUUUUGGAAUAGGAGAUUCAACAAAUAUGCCGCAUAAAUAUAUGUCGUAUCAAACAGCAAAGAAGAAGGCAGUAACAGAAGCAAUGAAGAGUGCUAUAACUGGAAUGCCAUACUUGUGUAUUGAAAAUGGUGAUUCCGAAGAAACCAAUUUUGAUAAAUUAGAGACGGAAUUAAAAGUAAAAUACGGUAUUUAA